CAACAAACUUUUAGUCCUUAAUGGCGCGGCUAACGGUAAAAAUGUGAUAACUCGAUAACGGUACACGCGUCUUUGUUGUUUAUAAUUGUAGCGGUUUCUCAUGAUUUCCUUAUUUCUAAUUUUAACUUCAAAACAAGCAGACCAAAGCGAAAACAAAAACGAACGCCGAGUGACAGAGUAAACAAAGUAAAAAUAAAUAAAUUCCCAUUUGUUUUUGAACAAUCACCCAAUCCUAGCCUUUCCAAAAAGUAUUAAUUUACAAAAAAAUUAAGCCAAGAAAAUUGUUAACAAAAAAAAAUCAAGAAAAUCUUUAGAAAAAGGACAUUGCAUGUUGGCCGUGCCAUAAGCGGUGUGUGUCUCUGUGUGUGUGUUCCUCCGUUCAUCGAUGUGUGUAUUGAGCAAGCUGUGAUAUAACAAAUUUCUGUUGUGUUUGUGUGUGUGUGUGUUGGUGCGUAUUUGAUUCCUCUUCAAUAAAGGCUAUGAGAAAAAUGUGUGGCGUUUAAAGGCAAAAUAAAAACACACAAACGGUAGCGGCGGGUGUGAGAGUGUCAACAAAAAUCAGCAUUUAUCCAUCCCCCCUCCCCCUAUUGGACAAUUCCAGGGAAGAGGAAGAAGAUUUGCCAUUAAAUUCCUGCGAACGAGCGAAAGAAACAUAAAAUAUUUAUUAUCUUCAUAGCCAAGUUAACUUUUUAAUGAUACAACAUGGGAAAUGGUAUGAACAAGGUGUUGCCUGGUCUGUAUGUGGGCAAUUAUCGAGACUCGAAGGAUACCCAACAACUGGACAAAUUCAAAAUAACUCACAUUGUGGCCAUACAUGAUAGUCCACGCAGAUUAUUGCCGGACAAACACUACCUAUGCGUCAUGGCUGCCGAUACACCCGAUCAAAAUCUCUCCCAAUAUUUUACGGUCUGCAAUGAUUUCAUCCAUGCCGCCCGUUUGCGUGAGGGCAAUGUCCUCAUCCACUGCUUGGCUGGCAUGUCGCGAUCCGUCACCGUAGCCGUUGCCUACAUCAUGACUGCCACGAAUCUGAGUUGGAAAGACGCCCUGAAAGUAGUGCGCGCUGGACGCGCUGUUGCCAAUCCGAAUGUGGGCUUUCAAAACCAACUGCAGGAAUUCGAAAUUUAUCGUUUGGCCGAGGAGCGAAGACGUCUGCGCGAACGUUACCCCUCCAUGGCAUUGGAGAAGUUGGAUCGCAUGAAAUGCAUGGCAGCAUUGGAUAACUAUGAGGAGCUGUUGCAGAAUCGUGAUAUUUGUGAGGGGAAUUGUGUUCGGGGGGAGAAAUGUCCCACAGGUGUUUGCAACAUGGACCCCACCAAAGGUCUUUUCCGCCGACGACCUUCAUCUGCCUCAACACGAUCACGCCUCCGGCCCCAGGCUUCAACGGGUGGCGUCACCACCGCUCAAUCGUGCCCAACGUCACCUAAACACUCAGGCCAGGCCGUGGGUUCACGUCGUUCACUGGGCGGCGAAGGAAUACCUGAAGACGAAGAGGCCCACCUUAGUCCUACCACCUCGUCCGAGGCGGCCGAAUAUGCGGCCGCCAUUGAGGCCAGCAAAAGAGAGGCCCAAGAACGUCAACAACAACAGCGACAACUGCAACGUUCACCCUCCAGGAAUUCAACACGUUCGCCGCGUGUCAGUAGCGCCGGCAGCCGUUUGACCGGCAAUGGCAAAACGGAAAAUUCCUCCAAGGCCGGCGGCGGUUCGGGUGCCUCCAAUACCACCGCAGGCUCUGGCUCGAGGGGUGGCGGCAGCGGCGGUAGUAAUGGCGGUACGAAUUUGCAACGCAGUGCCAGCACUGUCAGUGGCCUGGCGGUGCGUCCUCGCAGUAGUCCUGCUGGUUUACAUUCCUAUACAGGUUCCGUGCCAUCGUCCGUCCAUGGCUCACGUGUCGAUUUGCGUGAUACCGACAAGGGAUCGGCCAUUUAUUUAGGUUGCUCAGCGCCACGCAACUCCACCCUGUCGCUGGCCUCGUCGGGCUCCUCAGCACCAGCUUCGCCGGCAAGAACACCACCCGUCAGUCCCAGACAUGGCGUCAGAAGAUCCGCAAGUUUGGUCAAGAAAACGAGAUGAAAUUGCUGGACACCCACCAUGGAAAAUCGCAAUUUGUGAAAAGAGGUUCGAUGACACGGUGCUGCAGGGAAGCUCAACAAGGACUAGAACUUGGAAUUGAACUGUGCCGUGAGGUUUUGUAGCAUCGUGUAAUCGCAACUUCUGAAGCGGAGCAUUUUACAUAUAAGUCCUUUAAACUAAGCAAAAAAAACAAACAAAACAAAUUUACCUACCCACGUUCAAGUUGGAUAAGCUUUUAACUUUGUUAAGCUUUUUAAGCUAAGGGGAGCAAGCAAAAAAAGGUAAAGCUUACUAUAAGCUUUCUACCCACAAUUUUCCAAGCAUUGGCAUUUGAUAAGCAAUUAAAACGAUUUCCAAAAUCAUUAUUAUUUAAAAACAAACCAAAAAAACAAAAGACAAAAAAGAAAAA